AUGCCCGAACGUCAGACGAAAGAAAACCUAAAAACCGUGAUCGAAAGCGAGCUGCAAAAGCUUGCAGUUUUAUGGGCGCAGAUACUCGCCAUCGCACAUGAUAACGGGGCGAACAUGUGUGCUUGCGUCAGACUGAUUAACUCUAUUUUGCGCAAACUUGUUGGAAUUGAACUUCCCCAGACAUCUUUGGUUGAACAACCGUCUAAUGCGCUGGAAGAACAACCGUCUAAUGACGAAGAAGAUGAAGAGGAGGACGAAUCCGGUCAUGAUGAAGAAGACGAUUCCAACGACGCUGAGAUUGUAGACGAUUUCUGCGAUGAAGUAGAUAAUCUUGAGAAGCCCAACACCACGGACGAAGGAGACGACGAGGAAUUUGAUUUGAUGCUGGAUUCUAUCCAAUCCGUACGUUGCAGCGCGCACACAGCUCAACUAGCGGUUUGGGAUGUGUUGACAUCUUACAAGCCACGCCUGCAGAAGAUGAAUAAGUUGUGCAUAAAAAUGCGGCACAAAGAAUUCCGCCAGCUGUUUACUGGGUACAAAGUUCCCCUCCCGCCAAAAGUUGUUGAAACUAGGUGGAAUGUGUGGUACAUCGUUCUGAGCUACCUGAAAGCUCUGAUGACUUCACCCCUUUAUCCGGUGCUGCUAGCGCAGGACGCAACCCUAGAUCUGACCAAACACACCCCGUUUAUCAACCAGUUCAUCGAGGCAUUUGAGCCGAUGUUUCAACUGACAAAUCGGCUCCAAAAAGACCACGUUCCGUUGACUGACUUCUACAGCCUUUGGUUGGUUUGCCAGGGCCACCAGCAUCGCAUUGCUUCCACCGGGAAUGUUUUGGCGAAAAAAUUGCUGGCCGCGAUGGAAGCAAGAAUUGGCAAAAUGAAGGCUACCAGCUUGUUUAAAGCAUGCCUGCUCUUGGACCCUCGGUACAAUUUCAAAGGUGCCAACCGUUUAACUGGAACAGACAAGACCGAAGCGAAGCGGUACCUGUUGAGCCUGAACCAGAAGUUGGAGGAGCUCAACGGCAACCGUUCAAAGGAGGAAGAUCUGGAACGCACUGAGGAGACCAACCCGCUCGCCAACGUAAGCGCAUUUAUUGAGGACUACGUGGCCGGCCUGUUUGACGAAGACGCUGCGCCUCCUUCGACGAGCGAGAAAGUUAAAUCGCCGAUUGAUAUCCUUAAUCAGUUGGAGUGCCGCGACAAGGUUUGCCUCAACACAACACCCUGGACAGUUAAUGGUGAACCAACUCAUAAGGGAAAGCCGUUCAGCAUCAUCGAGUACUGGAAGAGUAAACGCUUGCACAACCCGUUGUGCUACAAACUGGCGAUGGUUAUCUAUUCCGCGCCGUCUACGCAGGUGACCGUAGAACGGCUUUUUAGCCACCUAAAGUUUAUUCUCACCGAUUUCCGUAACAAGCUGUCGAGCAUGUCAAUCAAGGACAUCAUGCUUCUGCGUAUGAAUUCAGACUUGCUUCCGCAAACAGUGGAGAUGCUGCUGAAGCAGCUUAAUUUGUGAGCUCAGAAUGCUAUUCCAGUUCCCGCAGUACCUGCCGACCAGACGCUCGCCUUCGCCAUACCGUACACAUUUUCAGUUAGCCUUAAUCGUUUUUUCUAGAACUGAUAGAAGAAGGUUUCUAACCAUAAAAUCAGAUCAAUAAAACCAUUUUGAAUUUAUGUAUAGUAACAAUUUAAUUAAUCAAUCCGUAUACUUAAUAUCACAUAUUACACAGUUAACAAUAAAAACUAAUUUCUCCUAUAAGGACCAUCCAUAAACAACGUGAACAUCUUGCCUUGCAACCGUCGAGCAGCACUUCGAUGAAACACAUUUUUGGUGCCCGAUCUUGAUCAGUUCAUCGAAAUGUUGAAGAUGAACCAUGCCGCGUACGAAGCUGGUGAUGUAGCCAUCAAAGUUUUCCAACUCCCUGCUAACUGACAGAUUUUCCUGGUCAACGAGUUCACCGUGAUGCAAUUUCCGACCUCCAUCAAGGUGUGGCAUCCUGGUAGGGCCUUUUCUAGCGUAAACAGCGUCGGAAUCGUUCACCAUGAAGCACUAGGGCACCGGAAAUGUUCAGGCUUCGUUCCGCUCUGGCUCCGUAAGUCUCCAGCGCGUUCGUACCGAUCUUUUGACCACUACAUGCCCAGGUUCGAUCAACAUAUCCGAAUUGGCCUUUUUCUCAGGAGUAUUCCAGUGCUUGGGCAGACGGUUUAACUUCUUAACCAACCGGCUCGAGUGGUCCUGCUUCCUCGUAAUCUUCUCGUGAAAAAGCUCCUUGUACUGGUGCGGGCGGCUCACCGGAACGUCCACUUCAUAACCGCCCUUUUUUGCCCUCUUCCGUUAUCUCCGGUGACAGCAGCAAACUCAAUUUCGCCUCUGCUUCGCUGGAUACCGACACACCGUUGCAAUGGCGACAUCUUUAUUCCAACAUCCUAAAAUCACUUCCAGUAUCCUAAUGAUUCACAAUUUAUUCACAACUCUUACAACAUCCAGUAGUGAGUGAUUGAAAUCCAACUGAAAACGCAGAUCGCUCGCUCCUGAUCAUUUUGACAGAAUGUAAACAAUCAACUCAUUCGCUUUCGAAUGAACGGUCGGCGCCUACUGACAGUUU